AUGACUUCCAAGGAGGACGGCAAGGCGGCGCCGGGGGAGGAGCGCCGGCGCAGCCCUCUGGACCACCUGCCGCCGCCCGCCAACUCCAACAAGCCCCUGACGCCGUUCAGCAUCGAGGACAUCCUCAACAAGCCGUCCGUGCGGAGAAGUUACUCGCUGUGUGGGGCGGCGCACCUGCUGGCCGCCGCCGACAAGCACGCGCCGGGCGGCUUGCCCCUGGCGGGCCGCGCUCUGCUCUCGCAGACCUCGCCGCUGUGCGCCUUGGAGGAGCUCGCCAGCAAGACCUUUAAGGGGCUGGAGGUCAGCGUCCUGCAGGCAGCCGAAGGCCGCGAUGGGAUGACCAUCUUUGGGCAGCGGCAGACGCCCAAGAAACGGCGAAAAUCACGCACGGCCUUCACCAACCACCAGAUAUACGAGUUGGAGAAACGCUUUCUAUACCAGAAGUACCUGUCCCCGGCAGAUCGCGACCAAAUUGCGCAGCAGCUGGGCCUCACCAACGCACAGGUCAUCACCUGGUUCCAGAAUCGGCGCGCCAAGCUCAAGCGGGAUCUGGAGGAGAUGAAGGCCGACGUGGAGUCCGCCAAGAAACUGGGCCCCAGCGGGCAGAUGGACAUCGUGGCACUGGCCGAACUCGAGCAGAACUCGGAGGCUUCGGGCGGCGGUGGCGGCGGCUGCGGCAGGGCCAAGUCUAGGCCCGGUUCUCCCGCGCUGCCCCCAGGCGCCCCGCAAGCCCCGGGCGGUGGGCCCUUGCAGCUCUCGCCGGCCUCUCCGCUCACGGACCAGCGGGCCAGCAGCCAGGACUGCUCAGAGGACGAGGAAGACGAAGAGAUCGACGUGGACGACUGA